AAUAAACAUUUGGAAAAAAAAGAAAAGUUUAAAAAUUUUCUUACAAAAUUACAAAAAAAAAAAUCAUUAAUUUCGGCCUUACCACAAAAUUAAACAGAUAGCCAAAAUUAAAAAAACUAAUUUCAAAUCAAAACUAAUUCAAUGGCCAAAAAGGGUGGUAAAGAUAAAGGAGCUAAAGGUAAAGACAAAAAGGGGAAAAAAGGCAAAGCUGAGGUAAAACCCGAAGAACCCAAAGUCGAAAAGAAAGAAGAGCCAAAAGAAGAAAAAAAGGAAGAACCUAAACCAGAAGUCAAGGAGAAAGUCAUUGAGGAACCCUGCAUUUUCAAUUGUGCUCAGGAUAAAGUAACCUAUCGCCCCAACUCCUAUCCUGGACUCCUGGGACAACCCAAAACAAUGGCUGUAGUGGGCUCGGAAUGUGGCAGUUAUGACAGUCUAUGUAAGCUUUUACAUUCUGCCUUUCGCUGUGCCGAUCGUGUUUAUGCCAUGGUUCCCUGGGGCAAUUAUGUUGCCUUGCGCGCCCAUGAUGGCAAUAAAAUGACUUAUUUUCUCUUCGAUGGCUGUACGUGCAAUGUUAAUCGUUUUCGUUAUUUGGAUUUAACUUGCGGUACUGCUGGUCUCUUGUAUUUUGAAGAAAUGCACAAGAUGAUAAAUUAUAUUAUAAUGUCUAGAUCACGGAGAGAGGAAAUUAAGAAUUUAAAACGCUGUGUGGUCGAUGAUGUGUGCAAGGAAAUGUAUGGUACUCAUCAUAUUUAGCGGGAAGUGGAAGAGGGAAUAAAAUAGAAAACAAAAUGUCGCUAAUGUUCUUAAAUUUAGUAUCAGAAUUUUAUAUUUAUAAUUUGCAGUAAUUAAGAACAAUAAAUCGGUCACUAGAAAAUCUCAUAA